GAUCAUGUUUCAAGACUUUAGUUGGGUAUCGGUUGUUGUUGCAAUAAUGUCUACAGUUCAGCAUCUGAGAGAGUUUAUCAAGGAGAGAUUAACUUCUGCUGCAGAAGAAAUCUUCUCAGAGUUUGAAAAAACGAUCGUCCGGUAUGAGGAAGAGAUCAGUCAGCUAAGACUGCUGAAUAUCAGACCCGGGAUAAAGUCACACAAUACAGGUCUGGAUGAUCAGCAGGUCUGUGACCAGGAGAGGAGCUCCAGUCUCAACCAGGAGGACCCAGAGCCUCCACAGACUAAAGAGGAACAGGAGAAAAUCUGCAGCAGUGAGGAAGGAGAGCAGCUUGAACUGAAGCAGAAGGCUGAAGGCAUUCAUAUCUGGACCGGGGAUGAGCUGGAUUUGUUGUGUAAACCUGGAGUAAAGCUGACCAGAAUAGGUCUGGAUAAUCAGCAGGUCUGUGACCAGGAGAGGAGCUCCAGUCUCAACCAGGAGGACCCAGAGCCUCCACAGACUAAAGAGGAACAGGAGGAAAUGUGCAGCAGUGAGGAAGGAGAGCAGCUUGAACUGAAGCAGGAGGCUGAAGGCAUUAAUGUGUGGACUGGGGAAGAGGUGGAUUUGUUGUGGAAAUCUGGAGUAAAGCUGACCACAGUAGACCUCCCACAGCAACAUGAUUGUAAGGAAAAUGAGGAUCUGGAUGACCAGCAGGACUGUAGCCAGAAGAGGAACUCCAGUUUCAACCAAGAAGACCCGGAACAGGAGGAAAUGUACACCAAUCAGGAAGGAGAGCAGCUUUCAUGUAACCAGGAAACCAAAGGCAUCAUCGUCUGGACUGGGCAGGAACUGGGCAUCAUGUUGAACCCUGAAGUAAAGUUGUACAGAAUAGGUAUGCAAAAUUGUAAUAGGUAGAUUUCUUAAUACAAAACUGAAUACAACUCAUGUUGAGUCCUAAUCUGACCUCAGCGAUAUGUUAUAGAGGUGCAUGAAGAAUCAAAGGACCAACUCCAAUUAGGAAACUGACGCAUAUUUUAAGAGCCAAAAUUUCUGGCCUCGCAGCCAAGUCUUGUCCGUUGAGGUGGUUCUUUUUUUUUGUGCCAUGCAUUUAUGAAGUGGUUGCUUGGUCUCUCCAAUGUCGAAGAAACUCCUAUGUGUCCGACAAGUGUGUCCUCCUUUUACCCAGAUUUGAAGGAUGGGUCGGGUGUAUACUUCGUGGCCCAACAUAUCCUAGAAUUCGUAGCGUGGCCCAGCCAAAUCCAGUUUCCAACAAUGGUGGCAGCUACUUAGUAUUAAAUCCGUUCUUUUGUAUUCUUUACGGCCUCCAAACCUGUGUUUAGGAAUAAAAUCAGUUUAAUCAUCAUGUUAAAUCUUUUAAACCCCCUACUCCAUUCAGAGCUGCCUAGAAACAACACCUGUGUGUUAACACCAACUUCAUUUUAAAACUCACAUUUCCCACAUGUAAUACCUCUGUUAUAAAAAAAUUAAGACAGAACAGUUAUCAGUCAUGUUCUUGAUACAGCAUAUUUUGAUUUCAUUUUGCUCCUCUUAAUGUAACAGUACAUUCUAAUUAUACUUUAUCAGACUUGACCAAAAUAUAUGUGCUUUCCUUACUUUGCUCCUGUUUUAAAGGAAAAAAAAGAAACUGCAUUUUAUAUGAAAAGUCUAGCAAUCUUAGUUUAAUUAAUACUUACAUAGUCUGAAAUCAGACUUAAAAUCAUUCCCUCUGUUCAUUUUCCCCACAUCAUAUCUCAGUGGUUGGCCUCAGAUUCCACAGCGUCCUGAGAGUCCGAGGUCAACUGACAUAAUUUCACCUGCUAAAUCCACAGAAAAUCUUGUUAAAAGCCACACAAUUUGCACACAAUAAUGUUCCCCUUUAAGUACUUCAACAUACUUAGAUUUAGCAUAAGAUAUAAACCCGUUAUAACAAUGUGUCAUCACUAAAUUAUAAAUUUUUUGUCCAAAUCUGCACUUCUGAACAGACUUGACCACCUUAUUUAAUUAUCCUGUUACUUUACCAUUAUAUAUUUCACCAAGUAAUUCUUCUCAGUCUCUGCUAUGUUUCCUCCAUUGAAAGCCUCAGACACACAACCACACAGGAAGCUUCUUUGUCACCACUCAUUUCAGCUAAUUUGCAUACUGAGUCAUAUCUCAGGAAGUUACCGUGACAAGAGAAAUCCAUAUUUAAAUCUCACCACAUUAUUAAAUUAUUUUAUUUUCUUCCUAGAGUAAUCACUUGUUUUGCUCAAUCGACACGAGAGCACUUCCAAUUCACUGUUUUAAAACUUCUUUAAGCUUUUAAUCACUUUUCAUUUUCACCAACGUCACUCCAUUGUCAUGGAACUUCCCUGAGUUAUUCCUCAACUUCAGGGUUUAAGUGUGUGUUAAAUUCACACUCUUUUAACACUGAUAAACAGACUCACAUGCUCAACAUGCUGUCUAAUCCUCAUGAGCUCUCUUGUAUUUGUAAGGUUAAUGCAUUUUCUGUUUGUGUGUGUGAUUUUGUAUAUGUUUCUUUUUGCAGUGUUUCAGACUCCUUCACAAUUUUCCCACUUAACCAGUCAGUUUUCUCUUUCCCAAGUUUACUAACCCAAAUUUUGAUUUCCCACCUUAAAUAACAGCAUUCCUUGUCUUCAACCAGGAGUUAGAGCUCACUUGUCAGGUUUAGUGACGCAUGGCGCUGUAAACAAUUCAACCAGAAACUUGGCCUGAACGUUUCCAGUGAUGUUAACUUAUAACUUUCUUCCGACUGCUGCAUGUGGAAAAUUGAUCGAGGUCUGCUUUGCACCUAAAAAUAACAAACUUAAACGACCCACUUCUCUCUCUCCGGCCAGAAAUACCAAUUUAUGUCAUGUAUUCUCAUUGAUAGUGUAGGCGUGUCCUCAUUGCGUUUGUGUUAUGUGUUCAUAUUAAUUGAGUGUAAGCUGUUUCUUCAUUGCAUAUGUAUUUUAUAAUCAGGUUUAAUUCAUUCCUCUUUACACUGAGCUGUGGAUAUGAAAAGAAAAAAAAACCAACUUCCUUCCAAGCCAAAGACUAGAAAAUAUGGUGAAGCAUAUCUUCCCUUUGUCUUCACCUGCACAAGUGCCAAGGUAGGUCUCCCCUGCAAAAUUAGU